GCGCGUGAUCUCGGAGUGUGCGACUCCAUUUUGAAUUUUCUUGUGCGACCAGGCGAUUCCCGAACGAAUUCAGUCGUCAGUAGCAGUGGGCCACCUUCAGAAAUGCUCUCGAAAUAUGUCAGGAGGGUAUAUCCUUUUAAGAUCGACAUCGUUAAGUGCGGUGUACACAAAUGCUCGACAAUUUCAGACGUGACGUCGAAAGAGGCGGUUGGAAAGCGUAUGAAAGUACAGGGUUGGGUACGUGCACUGCGAAAUAUGAAGAAUAACAUCUUUGUUGACAUUUCCGACGGAUCGACUUGUGAAAUGUUGCAAGUUGUUAUACCGAAAUCACUUACUACUGGUAAUUUAAGUUACGGGAGUAGCAUCAGCGCUGAGGGAGAAUUAUCUUUGGCUCCUAAUGGCAGGACUGAGCUACGUGCAGUUAACAUUGAUGUGAUAGGCACAUGCAAAGUUGAGGAAGAUCAAUAUCCCUUUGCUCCAAGAAAAACAUACAACCAGGAGUAUAUCAGGCAGUACUUGCACUUGAGGCCGAGAACGCGAAAAUUUGGUAGUUUAUUGAGGCUACGCGAUCUCGCCACUGCUGUAAUUGGUGAUCAUUUGAGAAGUAGAGGUUUUAUAAAUGUACACACACCGAUCUUGACGUCCAAUGAUUGUGAAGGUGCAGGUGAAGUGUUUACAGUUAAGCCAUACUCUGAAGAAAUCCUCAAAAGCAUGAAAAAAGAAAAUCAAUCCAAUGAGGAGAUUUACUUCAAUACGACCGCUUAUCUUACUGUUUCCGGACAGUUGCAUUUAGAAGUGGCAGCGAGAGCUCUCACAAAAGUGUACACUUUUGGGCCUACGUUCAGAGCAGAAAAUAGUAAAUCAAGAUUACAUUUGUCAGAAUUUCAUAUGUUAGAGGCAGAAGUAGCUUUCAUUACGAGUGUUGAAGAGUUGAUAGAAGAGAUUGAGCUUUUAGUAAAAGGAGUUACCGAGAAAAUGAUUGAGAAGGGAACCUCAGAUUGGCAAUCGAUGGGUGUUCCUGAGCCACAAUGGUUAAAUAAAAGUUUCGGAUGUUUAACGUAUGACGAAGCAUUUAAUGUGCUAAGUGACCAUGCAAGUCAGUUAGAAUGCCCUGUUAAGUAUGGAGAAACAUUCUCAAAAGAACACGAAUUAUUUUUAGUGCGAUAUAACAACGGAGUACCGAUCUUUGUUAUAAACUGGCCAAAAAGUAACAAACCAUUUUACAUGAAAGAGUGUGUAGAUAAUCCGUCUAAGGUAGCGGCACUGGACCUUCUGGCACCAGAUGUGGGGGAAUUGGUGGGAGGCAGUAUUCGCGAAGACGAUUAUGAGAAAUUAAAGCUAAAACUAUCUGCCGUGACGAAUCUUUCAUGGUAUUUAGAAUUACGUAAAUACGGGAAUGUACCGACAGGCGGUUUUGGAAUGGGAUUUGAGAGAUUUCUGCAGUAUGUUCUGGGGAUCCAAAAUAUCAAGGACACUGUGCCUUUUCCCAGGUGGCCUCACAAUUGCAAUCUAUGAAUAAAGAUUUCAGGUCUGUUGCAUUAUUUAAUUAAUCCCUUCAACGCUAGUAAAAUAUGGCUGUAUAUGUUAAUAUACAGCGAAUUAAAGAAAAAAACUUUUCAAACAAAAAAACAAUGCGGCGAGUUUCUAGAAAUAUUUUUCAACUACUUUAGCAUACACAUGAUGUACACGUACCUUUUUCAAAUUAAUUAUUUGAAUACACUGCACAUGACACACACGCACAUUGAUAUGGGAUAAUUUGUGAAGUGAUACAUCUUUCCAAAAUUUUAUUUUACUAAAGAUUUUAUGAAAGUUA